AUGGCACGCAUCAACCGCCUGCAGCAUAUCGUCCUUAACUGCAUGGACGUCGACGCUUCCAUCGACUUCUACACCAAGGUACUGGGGAUGGAAAUCGUCAGCCACAAUCCUGAGCGCAAUAUGGCGUUCCUCUCCUUUGGCAAGGAGCACCACGACAUUGCCCUUUUCCCCUUCCGUGAGCCAGCCGAGCGCCUGGAGAAGAACCACCUGGGCCUGAACCACAUCGCCCUGGAAAUCGAGGGUGGCGAGGAAGAACUGCGCGAGUACUACCAGCAGCUUAAGGCCAACAACGUCGAAAUCGACGGCACCAUGGACCACGUCAUGAGCCAGAGCAUCUACUUCUUCGAUCCCGACGGCAACCGCAUCGAGAUUUUUGCCGACAUGCUCCACGACGAGGCCAAGGAAUGGCUCCACCAGAACGGCGGCGUAGCCAAGCCCCUGGUCCUGGAAGAAGCAACCGCCGACUAG